UAUUAGUUCAAAUAGCAGGCAGCAGCUAACGCCAGGGUGAACAACAAUAAACAGAAUAAAGUUCAGAGUGCGUCGGAUAUAAAUAUAUAUUAUUUUAUAUUAAUUAAUAAUAAUAUUGACCGACGGCCACAAAGACGGUGUAGGUCAAACGACAUUUAAGGUGCAGCGCACGACGUCUGGCGCCUGGUGACAAAAAGUUGAUAAUAAUAUUAUGUUGGGAGGUGUUAUGAGUAAGCCGUAGAAUAGAUAACAAAGAAAACAACAUGAUUAUGAAAAAAAAUAAAAAUAAAACAAAAAAAUUGCUAAUUUCCUAGGCAGUAAUCAACCGGAAAAUCGGUACAUAUUACUGUCAACAAUAACAGUAGUUGUACACCAAGUGCGUUUUUGUAGAAUGCGUCUGAAAUGGAAGCCUAUUACAUGUGGGAACGAGUGCACUUGACUGAGGACAUGAGUCGUCCGUGCAACUCCUGUGACUGCAUCACGUAUUCCUAUUUUCUGAUAUCGGUGUUUCUGUUCACAUUGGGCAUGGUAAUUUGCAUAUUUUCAAUAGGACCGUUCGACAACACCAUUUUUUCAGACCUCAGCCACUUGUGGAUGUUUGGUCCGCUGUGCAUUUGUUCGGCUCUGAUGAUCGGAAUCAGAAACGUACUGUACCUGAGGAGACGGCAUCUUAUCGAUUUGGUUCUCCUCGAACAAAUAGAAGAUAUCCGGGCCCAACAAGUUCACCUGGCGGACUCCCAACAGUAUUCUAUGCCGAUACGCAGUGUAAGUGAACUGACUCUGCCCCCGUCGUACGACCAGUUGGUCAGCAAUCAAAUUGAGGAAGACAAUGAUUUGCCACCACCUUCUUACGAAGAAGCCAUAGUCGGAAUGCCCAAAGAAACGACCAAAAGUGAUAAUAUUUUAGUACUUAAUUAUUCUGUUAAAUAAUUAGUUUAUAACCUCGAUGGAUUAGUUUUAGUGCUUGUUUUAAGUUAAAUUUAUGAUAAACAAUGAACAUUUAAAAAUGAUAACUACUGAUGAGAAAAGUAAAUAUUUUUUUUGUUACGUACUAAAAAUUAUAAUUUGAAAAAAAUACUUUUUCACUUAAGAGUUUAGAUGACUGAGCAAAAAAAAAAAACAGCUUGUAACACUUGUACAUACUAUACAAGCAGUAGAUAAUGUACAUUUUUUAUUAAAAUAUACUAUAUUGUACCGGAGGGAUUACUAAUAUUAAUAACAAUACAUAUAUAACAAUUUUUAAAAUGUUUUCAACUGAAUAAUAUUUGUUUGCAUUUUAUUAUAUAAGAAUCAUUAGGUGUAUUACGCUUUCCUCAUUUGUAUGAAAAUAAUUUAGGUGUACAAUAAUUGUAAGCAAUGAAUUUCCAUUAAAUAAUUAUUAUUUCUACUAAGUGUACAGUACACGCCUAUUAAUAUAUUUAAAAAUAAUAUUGUGACUA